AUGACUAAAGAGUAUAAGUGUGUCAAGGAAAGUUUGGUCACCUAUCAUGCGAUGGCCAGCAGAUUAUUAAAACAGUUUACUCUUGUGGAAAUACGGCACAUACCUCGAAUGGAAAACCAAAAUGCAAACGAUUUAGCACAGAGGGCCUCUGGAUACAAAAUACCGAAAGAUCAGAUGCAAGAGCCGAUAGAGAUCAGAAACAGACGAAAGUCGAUGCAAUCGUUCUCUAGCAAAUCGUUAACACCAAAACUCGGGGGGACUGAAGCAUGCCAAAAAGGUACAGAUUUUGUCGAAAUUUUUGUCAUUAACGAUUUAAAUGAAAAUGAUUGGCGAAAACCUAUAGUGAAAUAUUUGGAGAAUCCAGAUGGAACCACUUGUCGAAAGGUGGAAUACAGAGCCUUGAGCUAUGUAAUAAUGGGCAAUGAAUUAUUCAAAAAGACUUCGGAAGGAGUUCUGUUGAAAUGCCUGGGUGAAACAGAUGCAUAUUUGGCUGUUUCUAAUACACAUGGCGGAACUUGUGGCACACACCAAGCUUGCCAUAAAAUGAAAUGGCUUUUGUUUCGACAAGGGUUAUAUUGGCCAACUAUGCUCAAAGAUUGCAUAAAGUUCGCAAAAGGAUGCCAAGGAUGCCAAAAGUACGCUGGAAUUCAGCGCGUCCCAGCAAGUGAACUUCAUGUGAUAAUCAAACCUUGGCCAUUUAGAGGAUGGGCUUUAGAUGUGAUAGGGGAAAUCAAACCCACCUCAUCGAAAAGAUAUAGAUACAUCUUGAAACUAUAA